GUUGUGUUCCUGGGAAGCAAGGCUGCUAAACCCAAUCCAACUUCUUGAAGAUGCCUGCAGCAAUAAAAGAGACUCCAGAUGUCAGCAUCAUCAAUCCUACAAAUCAAAAAAGGGUAUUGUCGGGCAUGGAGAAAAACCAUGCAGAUCUACAGAUACCUGCUUGUUUCAGGAAACUCUCCCAAGAAGAGCCUAAGAAGACUUUUCCAUACACUAAGCAAGUUGGGAAUUACCUAGUAGGCAAAGUGAUCAACAAGGGUUCUUUUGCCAAAGUGAUGGAGGGACUGCAUAUUCUGACUGGGGAGAAGGUAGCCAUAAAAGUUAUUGACAAGAAAAAGGCUAAGCAAGACUCAUACAUUUUAAAAAAUAUGAAGCGGGAGUCUCGGAUACAUCAGAUGAUUAUGCAUCCUAACAUAGUUCAGCUGUAUGAAACUUUGGAGACGGAGAACUCGUAUUACAUGGUGAUGGAGCUGUGCCUUGGCGGGGACCUCAUGGACAGGAUAUGUGAGAAAAAGAGGCUAGAUGAAGAAGAAGUAAAGAAAUAUACGAGGCACAUCAUGGCUGCUGUAGAUCAUCUGCAGCACCAUGGCAUUGUCCACAGAGAUCUGAAGAUAGAAAAUUUUCUUCUGGAUGAAAACAAUAGCAUUAAAAUUGUUGAUUUUGGAUUGAGCAAUAUCAUAAAGUUUCAGGGCCUUUCCCAAGAACUGUUAAAUACCCAGUGUGGGAGUCCAGCUUAUGCAGCCCCAGAACUCUUAGCUCAUAAGCAGUAUGGGCCAAAAGUGGAUGUCUGGUCCAUAGGAAUCAGCACAUUUGCCAUGCUGACUGGCACACUGCCGUUCACUGUGGAACCAUUUAACAUCAAGCAACUUCAUCUCAAGAUGGUUAAUGGAGAAAUGAACCCCAUCUCUCCCAACAUUUCCUCAGGAGCUGUUCAUUUUAUGCACUCUUUGCUUGAACCUGAUCCCACAAAGCGGCCUACUGUUAAAGAGGCAAUGCAAGACAAAUGGUUAAAUGAUAAUAAUAUCAGCAAACCACCAAAUGCGUUCAUAUAUAGAAAUAGGCUUCGCCCAAAUGAAUUGAAUCCUGUUGUUUUGAGUUACAUGACAGAAAUAAUGGAGUUCAACCUUUCAGAUGUUGUGACUGUCUUGAUUAAAAACAAGCCAUCUUCCAUCAUGGCUACAUAUUACUUAUUGCUGAAGAAAUUAAUUAGGUAUCAGAGAGAAUCCAAGACUGAAAAGAAAGAACACGAACCAGAAAAGCUUCACGGUGAACAUCCUGGAAGCGUAAGUCAAGAUGCAGAUGUUCCAGUUUCACAGAAGACAAAAAUGGCUAUAGCAGAAAAAUGGAAAAGUGGCAACAAUAAAGCGUUCCAUUCCACGCUCGGCUCAAAAAUGCCAUAUGCUACCAAGGAAGAUGACAUUGCAGUUAUUCUUGAAAACCAAGAAAUCUUACCAAAAGCUUCCAAGUUCUCAGGCAGAGAAUUGAUUUAUUUUGAUCUCCCUAAAUCUCCACGUAAUUCAUGUGGGCCAUUCAAUGAGACACAACUUGAACCACAGGAAAAUGAAGAAGAUGUUAAAGAUUGGCCAGAAGUAAGAAAAUUGUAUUUAUUGGAAAAGCCAUCUUCUCCUCUAAGAAAUAACCCAAGAUAUGCUAUGAAUCACGAGACUGAGAAGUCUUCCGUGUCGUAUAUAUGUAGACUAACACCAAGAUUAACAAAUGAAAACAGAAUUGUAGAUCAAGAUCCUAUGUUUUUUCCUAACACAAAAGUCAAAGAUCUCUUGAAAGCAAUGAAUGAGAACCUUCUAACUCCAAAGUGGCAACAUCAAGAAAGAAAGAGUUCUGCUUUUCUGGUUAUGGAAACACCUCAACUCUCACCUUUACCAAGAUUGAAACCAGGUGCUACAAAGGAUCACAUUAUAAAAAAGAUCUCAUGGUUGGGAUCAUCACAGCAGGAGUCCAUUGGCUCACCUUUUUUUGUUAGUGUUUCAAGACCACCAGUUUUCCCAGUAACACACGAAAAUGCUUUCAUGGUAAAAAGUUUGAGGCAAUCUAAAGAAAAGUCCAAUGACUUUUUAAAAAAUGAUAAAAUAAAAAGAAAUGUUCAAUUCAAAUAUACAAUUAAGGAUGCAGACUUAAAUCUUCCCAUAUUAACUCCACCAUGUCAAACAUCAGGGAAAAGGUCUGAGAUUUUAAGGCUAAAUUUUGCAUAAACAAAAUGAUUAUCAAAAAAAAAAAAAGCACACUGAUUGGAAAACAAUGUACAAGUUCACUAAAGAAACCGAGAACUUGUUGAUUGGAAAAAGGGAAAUGGGAAAUAAUUAAUUCAUUGAUUGUACAAUAGAUGCAUCUCAGGUAAUGAAUAAAAAGCUUUGCACUUUAUGACAAAGAAAAAAAAAGAAACAAGAAAUUCAUCCUUUGAAGAAGGUCAAUGGUAAAAAAGAAUAAUAUAUUUAGUCUGGUAGUUUCUGUUUCUGUCCUUUUAUUCGCACACAGAAUGUGCCAAAUAACUGAUUAUUUUUAUUUUUUAAAAGUGUUCUACAAUUGUACUUAAAUGCAAUUGAUUUAUGAAAUUUACUGCUAUAAGAAUUUAUAUUCAUAAUGAUAUAGUGUAUUCUAAAGGCUGAAUAUUGGCUAAAUAUUGGCCAACACAUUGUAAACUUGAGUAUGUGACAGGUUUUCAUGCCACAUAGAAUCUAUACAUAAGAAUCUCCACAUAUCAAUAAGGCUUCCAGCAUUGAACCAAGAGACCCCUUGGUAGAAUUCACAGUUAACACCGCCCAGUGAAUUACAUUUAAAAGGAAUUUGUUACCAUCAAAGUCUCUUCAAUCAAGUUUAAUACAUAAUUAAAGAUUAGUAUAGUUUAAUAUGGGUUUGAUGUAAGUUAUAAUUAAAGUCAGGUGUCAUGCAAAAGUUAUAGAGUACAACUAUUAAUCAGGAAUCCAUAUUGUCAAGAUCGUUUAACCUCAAAUCCACAUCGUUGAACAGAAUUAAUAAUAGCAUCUGCCCCUAGAGGUGUAGAAAGGAUUCCUGCAGAUUUCUCAAGGAUCUUAGAAAUACGCAAGCACCUUCUCAAUGAGGCUGCUGGAGUUUCAGCUCCUCCUGUGCGACCUCGUGGACUCUUGUACCUUAUCUGAAGUUAGUUGUACAGCUGACACUAGGGGAAUCGGUUUCUUAUGUCACUGAGGGAAGGAGGAGAGAAGCUUGAAAUGAGUGACUUAGAAACUCUGCAGUGCAGGAAUGCUCCAUAAUCCUAUGCAUUCUCUCCAGUUAGAGAAUGAAGAAUUCAGGCAAACUCAUUUUGUAGGUAAUAAGUACCCACGUUAAGACAGAUCUUACUGACAAUUUGUUCUGGUCACUGAAGAGGUUUCUAUUGAGAACACCCAAGAGAUUUGUUUUUUCUUUCAAAAUCCAAAGGAAGCUCAUUUGUCCUGGCAAACAAAAAUUAUAGAUAAAAGUGUACGUUUAUUUACAAUAGCAUUUAAAAUGAAUAAAUGCUAAUCUUUAAUGGGAUCAAAGAAUAUAUCGCUUUGAGUAAAGGUCUGUGGAUGUUGUUGUCACUGAGCAAUUUUAUUGAAUAAAAAUAAAUAAAUAUAAAUACUGUA